GCGGGUGAGCGGGGCGGCGGCGGUAAGAUGGCGGCGCUCCUCAGCUCGGCUCCCGCCCUGCCCAGGCGACGCCCGGCCCCGCCAUGAAGCUCGUCAUUCUGGAGACGUACGAGCAGGCCAGCGAGUGGGCCGCCAAGUACAUCCGCAACCGCAUCGUCCAGUUCGGGCCCGGCCCCGGGCGGUUCUUCACGCUGGGGCUGCCCACAGGCAGCACGCCGCUGGGCUGCUACGGGAAGCUGGUGGAGUACUGCCGGAACGGGGACCUCUCCUUCAAGUACGUGAAAACCUUCAACAUGGACGAGUACGUGGGUCUCCCAAGGGAUCAUCCGGAAAGUUACCAUUCUUUCAUGUGGAAUAACUUCUUUAAGCAUAUUGACAUCUUGGCAGAAAACGUUCACAUUUUGGAUGGAAAUGCACCUGAUCUACAAGCAGAAUGUGAUGCGUUUGAGGAUAAAAUCAAAGCCGCUGGAGGAAUUGAACUCUUUGUUGGAGGUAUCGGCCCAGACGGUCACAUUGCCUUCAACGAGCCUGGAUCAAGCUUGGUAUCCAGGACACGGGUGAAGACCUUGGCUAUGGACACUAUCUUGGCUAACGCCAGGUUCUUUGAUGGUGACCUCUCCAAAGUCCCCACAAUGGCUUUGACAGUUGGAGUAGGCACUGUCAUGGAUGCCAGAGAGGUGAUGAUUCUUAUCACAGGAGCCCACAAAGCCUUUGCUUUGUACAAAGCUAUUGAGGAAGGUGUCAACCACAUGUGGACAGUAUCUGCUUUCCAGAAGCACCCCAACACUGUGUUUGUGUGUGAUGAGGAUGCCACGCUGGAACUCAAAGUUAAGACAGUGAAAUACUUUAAAGGUUUAAUGCUGGUUCACAACAAGCUUGUGGAACCCUUAUACAGCAUGAAGGAGAUGGAAGCAGAAAGGAGCCAGUCUAAGAAGCCAUACAGCGAUUAAUCGGAGUAGUGCUGAACCAGCUUUUCUGUUGAAAACCAGCUGUGAGAAAAGGGAACUGCUGCAGAAACUUGUAUUUGUUCUUAAAUCAGCAAAAUGAUUGUGUCCUUGCUUCUGUCCAUUAAAAAGACAGAUGCCAAACACCUGCCUUAAUUACCCAAAUAAGGAUGGGCUCCAGCACACUUGCGUUCCACUAACUUACUCUCUGAAGGUAAAGUUAAUGGAGGAUGAGUUCUUUAAUCUGUGAAUGGACUGAAGGCCGCAAAACACAAAUAUGAAGAUACAGGGAAGUACAAUGUUGCAGAAACCAAAUGGGUAUCGCUUUGGGAUGCAUUCCUUGCUGUUAGGACAGGUACCUUUUGUAUCAUUCCCCCUCACAAAAAUCUCUUGCAUUACAGUCAUUUAAAAUGUCAACUGAGCUUGCGCAGCUUUAGUGUGACCGUUUAACAGCAGUGUGCUUCACAGCUAUGAGGAGGUCAUCAAGGAGAUGAAGCCAGGCUGUCCUGGGCAGUGCAUGGGGGAAGAUGAGAAGAGGCAAUGGGGCUUGAGUUGAGACAAGAUGCUUAGACUGGAUGUAAGGAAAAAAAACUCCCCAGAGGGACAGUCAAGCAGUGGGGCAGGCUGCCCAGAGAGGGUGUGCAGUCAGUCCUUAAGAGUUUUUCAAGACCUGACUAGAUAAAGCCCUGUCUGAACCCUGCUUUGAGCUCUACUGUCUCAGCAAGAGAGAGGCUAUAGGCAGCAUUCACCAGUGCUGUAAUGAUAAUGCAUUUUAUGUAUCGGUAUGCUUUUGUUUGUUGUCACACAAGAAGCCUUACAUGUUCAGUUUUGGGGUAUAAUUUUCUAUGCCCUGGUGCUUUAUGAAGUACACUACAGGAGGGUAGAUUUGUUUAGAUUAAACCUAAGUGAUUUCUCCCUGU